GUACAGUUUCGCCGGCAGCCAGUCACUUUCACAAUCGUGCAGUUUCGCAUUCUGGGAAGGAUUAUUAUAGCGCCCGAUCAAACAACAACAUGGCGACGGUACAACAAGAUGAUCAGCAAAAUGUCGGGCGGUUUCCCCGCUUCUACAAGACGAGUCUAAUCAUCGGCCUGAGCGAACUGUGCGAAAGGGUGGCGUACUACGGGAUAGUGUCCAACAUGGCACUGUUUACCACCUCACUAUGCUUCCCCCGGCUGUACCACGAGCCCACAACAUUCACCUACAUCUUUACGGGUUUCGCCUACGUGCUGACUAUUGUCGGAGGCUGGCUGGCGGACGCCGUACUCAGUCGCUUCUGGACCAUUCUAGGCAGCCUGGGGGUGUACUUUGUGGGAACAGUGUUCUUGAUUUUAUCGUCGUACUUCUGUGGACACGACCAGCCGCCGGCUGUACCUGUGUCGCUGUACGUGACGGGUCUGUGUCUAGUGGCCGUGGGGACCGGAGGAAGCAAGUCCAACCUGGGUCUGUACGGUGCCGGACAGUUGGGGGACUUCAGCGAGAACCUGAACCGACGACUCAAGGCGUACUUUCACUGGUACUAUUGGUGCAUCAAUGUGGGAGCUGCCAUCGCUGAUUUAGGGGUGGCCUACCUACAAGAAAUCAAUUCCCUCCACGGCUAUGUGGUCAUCUGCCUGGCAGUAUUCCUAGCCGGAGUCGUGUUUGUGAUCGGGAAGCGAUGGUACGCACCGGACGAAGAGAAAGAGGAGGUACUGAGUAUUGUAGGGGGGAUCCUCCGCGCCUCCCGGCAUGCACAGCGGCCCCGGCAGCGUGCUUCCGGUGGAUGGAUGGAGCGCUGGCUCGACAGGGCAAACGAAAGUCGCGCAGUAGAGGAAGUGGAUGACGUAAAACAACUCUUCAGUCUGCUGUGGAUUUUUCUGUGCCUCAUCUUGUACUUUACACUGUAUUCCCAGAUGCGCACCACCUUCCUGUUCCAAAGCCAGCGGCUCCGCCUACCGAAGUUCGGCGGUACUGAAGGGAUGGACGGCGUCUUCCUGAAUGUUUUCAACGCCGCGACCAUUCUGCUGAUGAUUCCCGUCAUGCACUGGCUGGUGUACCCCUGGAUGGCACGGAUGGGUCGCGAACUCACGUCUUUGGAGCGCAUGGGGAUCGGGAUGCUCCUGUCUGUAGGCUCUAUCGUGGCGGCCGCUCUGGUGGAAGUCUACCGCCGUCAGCAGGUGCAGGAAGGGAACUGCGUGACCCAGCACAUCAGCAGACACACCAUACAGGCUGCAGACAUGACUGUGUUCGUACAGAUCCCGCAGUUUUUACUCAGCGGCAUGAGCGAAGUCAUGACUAUGGUUACAGGGUACUACUUCGCCUAUACCCAGGCUCCUUUGCGGGCCAGAGGUACUGUGAUGGGACUACUGCUACUUAUGUGGGGACUGGGAAGUUACGUCAGCCUGGGACUGUCCUCUCUCUUCAACGCCAUCAGUUACAGGAUGACCGGAAAGCGGUGGUUCCCGGUGGAACUGAAUGACGGCCGUGCGGAAUGGUUCUUCCUCUUCCUGGCCGUGUUCAUGCUCCUCAACACCCUGUUCUUCGUCUUCCUCGCACAGCGGUACAAGUACAAGACGUACAAAAGGCGCCGCCUACUGUCCGACAUCGGAACUGCAGCUGAGCAGACCUGAAACAACACUGCUGACCUCUAACCUCCUGACCUUGGCCUGGCUUAACGACACUGAUUUACGGUUAAUGAUUUUGUUUUGACGCUUGGUUGUUUUGUAACGGUAUGUAUUGUUUAAUGUGUUGGUUUCAUUGUUUUCGUAACUUGUUGUC